ACCAACCGACCAACGACUUGUAGUCACGAGCAUAAUUCUGAUACCUGAUAUACCCAUCAAGUCGCACUCGCCCAGAACACCCGGGUACACUUCCCGCCAUAACUGUCAACGUUUUUUUCGCGUUUGUCUUCGUCGUUAUUGUUUGUUGUUGCUUAGCAGUGUUUAAUUCAAUGAAAACUGAUGUUUUCCAUUUGUAGCAAGACUGCAUUCGCCGGUCGAGUUGUCGCAAGUGUCGAGGACAAUGGAGCCAAGGAUCUAUUAUCAGUGACGAAAUAGUAUGCUGUGAAAAAAAAGAUUUUUUGCUAUUGUGCUUAUUCGAAUGCAGGAGAGAUACGCGAGUGAGAUUUUCAGGAGAGAUUGAUCGCUCGAGUUCUUAUUUAUGUUCAAAAGGAGCCUGGACGAAAAAAAAUUAACGUAUACUUGCUGAUUUGUUGCUGCUACUGCUCUAUUAGGGGUAGUUUAGGGCUGCCCGAUAUAAUCUUGACAAUGACUACACCAAAUCACAGACUUCGCAGGCCUGAUGUCCCCAGAAGACGGUCAGCUAGACAAGCUCUGGCUAUGAUUCCUGACUCAACCAGUACAAAUGUUUCGCCAGUUACUGUAGAGCCGAAUCCCAUAAUCAGAAGGUACAGUUCAGAUUCAUGGGGCUCUGCUCCAAGCCCCGAUGAAAUCGUAAUUCAAAAAAGAGGUAGACGUAGGUCAAUUGUUUGGUCACCAGAUGCCAAUUCCAUCAAACGAGACAGCCUCUUCAGCAGAGACUAUGUAAACUCAUCGGAUUUUUCUUUGAUUUUCAGAGACCAUACUCCAGUUCAAAGUCCAUCGAAAAAUCAGUCUCGCAUUACGUUGAGAAGUACCCCUAAAAAGCGGCUUCAUUUAGAUGACAGUGAUGAUAUUGAAAUGGUUUCACCAGAAAAAAGGGAGAGACUCAUAGGUAUGAAACCAUUUACUGGAAACUUGGCAAAUGGAUUGAGGGGCCUUAGUCAUGAGCAGUUGGUUAAAAUGAUCAUGGACUUGGUAGCAAUGCAGGAAGACAAAGCAUUGUCUCCAACUGACAAUUUACGUGAUAUUGUAAUGAAAAGAAUGCCAGUAGCUGAUAUUCAACCGCUAAGAGAAAAAUUAACUUUUCUGAGACAGAAUGUUUAUGCCAGUUUAGUUUCGUCAAAUAUUGACGAAUCGGACUACAGUAGAGCUUACGUUCAUUUAGAAAAUUUUCAGAAAGUUCUUAAAGAGCAGGGUUACAACUUGCUAGAAUCUCAACACUGGACAGCUGUGAUUCAGUACGUCUUUGCAGCUUGGACGACAACGAAAGAACUUCCAGAAUGGAAAAAUCAAGGAAUGCAUAGCACAACUCAAAAGUGUUACAAGCAAUUGGUAGAAUUUUGUAUGCACGCUCUACAAAAUGGAACUUUCUCCAAAGUAAUGUUGAACGUUUAUAGAGAUAAGCUCAGAUCAAUGGUGGAUGACUACAGUGAUAUUAAAGUUUGUUUACAGUUUGUUAAUAAUGCGAAUGUGUGACCCACGAAACGUUACCACUUAACUGAAACUUGCCAUCGAUACAAAUAUAUUUAUUUUUUAACAUAAUUAUAUAUCUCAUGUGAUUUUUGACACUUUCAGGAUAUUGCUCUUUUAUUAUCAAUGUCUCUCUAAAUGUUAAGAAUCACCUUCAUAGUUAUAUUUUUUCAAGUUGUACGAUUUUUGUUAUUUCAUUUAAAUCAUUGACAACUACAUUAUUGAUGUGUAUACUUUUGAAAUGUAGUGUUUUUUUAUGAUUGACUUAUAUUGCUUGCCCAUGUUUGUAAUAUGUUAUUUAAUUUAUCACGUAAAAUUAAGUUUAUACUCGACGUGUCUUCCUACAGACAUUUUUUGAGAUUUUUGUAAACCUGAAUCGAUAUAAUUUUUAUAUUACAUUUAUGCAAAGAAAUAUUUAGAA